AUGCCACCAAAGAAGUUCACUAAUCUAAACGAUUUUUUGGAUGAGCAACCGAAAGAUCCAAAUUACGUGGCAUCGCCGUACGGAGGGUAUUUCAAGAAUCCCAACACGAAUAAUUACCAGCAGCAGCGGAGCUUGAAUCAGCAGAAGCAGCAACAGCAGCGAAAUUGGAACCAACCGUACAACGGGCAGUAUAACCAAGGCUAUUCAGGAAAUUACCAGAAUUAUCAAAACUACCAGAGUUAUCAGAACUACAAUGAUUACAGUGGGUCCGGAUCGUACGGAUAUCAGCAAUCUGCAGUUACACCUGCUCAGAGCAACACGCCUACUCCAUCAUCGUCAACUACUUCGCUCACUUCUUUGAAUAAGAAUAUGGCCGACUUGCAGAUGACGCCGAUCUCUAGCUUUUUAGGCCAGAUUCCGCAAUGUGCGAAAAUUUCGGACACUAAGAAAGUUAUCGACUCGAUCGUGGCAGAGUUCGAGAAGUCAACCUAUUCUGGUAAAAGUAUAUCGGAAUGGUCCAUUCCGGAUGUGUUGACUAGGUUUACAAAGCCAAAGAGUCCUACAUUGGUCAGAGAGUCUGCCAUGUUGUUAAUCUCUAGAUUGGCCCAAACGUUUGCAGACAGGCGUCCCCAGGAAGCGCACUUGCUGCCUCUCUUUGAUUUUGCAUUGGACUCGAUCGCUGACAAGGAAAACACUGUCAAGCGUGCAGCGCAACAUGCCGUUGAUUCUCUGCUAAACAUUUACCCCGUCGAGUCGCUAACAAGCUCUGUGUUACCGAUUGUCUUGCAAUAUUUGGCGUCUGGUGCCAAAUGGCAGUCAAAGCUGGCUGCACUGGCAGUCGUGGACAGAAUCAGAGAAGACGCUCCAAAUGAUCUGCUGGAGCUAACCUUCAGAGAUGCCGUGCCGGUCUUGACCGACGUCGCGACCGAUUUCAAGCCGGAACUAGCAAAGCAGGGACACACCACUUUAUUGGAUUUCGUUUCCAUUUUGGACAACCUCGAUUUGUCUCCGCGUUACAACCUUAUCGUCGACACCUUGCAAAAUCCUGCCAAGGUCCCACAAUCGGUCAAAGCCCUUUCUGGUGUCACAUUCGUCGCUGAAGUCACAGAGCCCGCUCUUUCGUUGCUGGUGCCAAUUUUGAACAGGUCUCUAAACCUAUCAUCGUCCUCGCAAGAACAGCUGAGACAGACGGUGAUUGUUGUGGAGAACUUGACCCGUUUAGUUAACAACCGCAUUGAAAUUGAGAGUUUCAUCCCACUGUUGCUGCCGGGGAUUGAAAAGGUCGUUAAUACGGCCUCUUUGCCCGAGGUGCGUGAGCUGGCAGAAAAGGCUUUGAAAGUCUUGAAGGAAGACGACGAGGCUGCCAACAGCAGCGACUUCCCAGGUAGAUUGACUUUUGCUCAAGGUAAGGAAUUCUUUUUGCAGCAUCUGUCGAAUCUUCAGGAUGAGUCAAUGGGAUGGCUGUCGCAAGAUGAUGAAGCAGUUGAAUAUCUCAGUAAAUUACUGACUGUUGACGCAAACGUUAAUGACUGGAAAAGACUUGAGGAAUAUUUGAUAUCAGUGCUAGGAGAAAGAAAUGCCCAAUUUGUUCAAGAAGAGUUCAUCGACAAUCUUAGAGCAGUAUUCCAUCAAGAAAAAAAAUCUCAUGACGAAAAUGAGGGUAUUGAAAUCGUGAACACUGAUUUUUCAUUGGCUUACGGGUCCAGAAUGCUAUUGAAUAAGACAACUUUACGUCUUUUGAAAGGCCAUAGAUAUGGUCUUUGUGGUAGAAAUGGUGCUGGUAAGUCCACAUUGAUGAGAUCGAUUGCCAAUGGUCAAUUAGAAGGAUUUCCCGAUAAGGACACUUUGCGCACUUGUUUCGUCGAACAUAAGUUGCAAGGCGAAGAAGGUGACCUUGACCUUGUUUCUUUCAUUGCAUUAGACGAGCAGCUAAGCAACACAACUCGCGAGGAAAUCGCAGGCGCGCUCGAGUCUGUCGGUUUUGAUGCAUCCAGAAGGGCCCAAACAGUUGGAUCAUUAUCGGGGGGUUGGAAAAUGAAGCUAGAAUUGGCUAGAGCCAUGCUUCAAAAGGCCGAUAUUCUUCUACUGGACGAACCAACGAAUCAUCUUGAUGUCGCCAAUGUCAAAUGGCUGGAGGAUUACCUGUUAGAGCACACCAACAUCACUUCGUUAAUUGUAUCGCACGACUCUGGUUUCCUAGACGCUGUUUGUACUGACAUCAUCCACUAUGAGAACAGAAAAUUGAAAUACUAUAAAGGGAAUCUUGCAAAGUUUGUCGAGCAAAAGCCAGAAGCAAAAGCUUACUACACUCUAUCAGAUACAAACGCUCAGAUGCGCUUUCCUCCCCCUGGUAUUUUAACUGGUGUUAAAUCAAACACGAGGGCCGUCGCUAAGGUAAGCAAUGUUACAUUUACAUAUCCAGGCGCUACUAAGCCUUCUCUGAUGGGUGCAACCUGCGCCUUAUCUCUGUCGUCCAGAGUUGCUGUCUUGGGUCCCAAUGGUGCUGGUAAAUCCACUUUGAUCAAGUUGCUGACUGGUGAGCUUGUACCUCAAGAGGGUGAAGUUCAAAAGCAUCCAAACUUACGUAUUGGUUAUAUCGCUCAACAUGCUCUACAACACGUUAAUGAGCAUAAGGAGAAGACUGCUAACCAAUAUCUGCAGUGGCGUUACCAGUUUGGUGAUGACCGUGAAGUGCUACUGAAGGAAUCAAGGAAAAUAUCGGAGGAAGACAUGGAGAUGAUGCAGAAAGAAAUUGAUAUUGGCGACGGUAGAGGAAAGAGGGCCAUCGAAGCAAUUGUUGGUAGACAAAAACUCAAGCGUUCUUUCCAAUAUGAAGUCAAAUGGAAAUGGUGGAAGCCAAAGUAUAACUCUUGGGUUCCAAAAGAUGUUCUGGUUGCUGAGGGUUUCGAGAAACUUGUCCAAAAGUUCGAUGACCACGAAGCCUCGAGAGAAGGUUUAGGUUACCGUGAGUUGACCCCGUCCGUCAUUUCAAAGCAUUUUGAAGACGUCGGUCUUGAUGCAGAAAUUGCCAAUCACACUCCUUUGGGCUCACUAUCAGGUGGUCAAUUGGUUAAAGUUGUUAUUGCUGGUGCAAUGUGGAAUAACCCUCAUCUAUUAGUGCUAGAUGAGCCUACUAACUAUCUGGACAGAGAUUCGUUAGGUGCUCUGGCGGUGGCCAUUAGAGACUGGAGCGGUGGUGUUGUCAUGAUCUCCCACAACAACGAGUUCGUUGGAGCAUUGUGUCCUGAACAAUGGAUCGUCGAGAAUGGUGUACUAACACAAAAGGGUGUGAAGGAUGUUGAUCAAUCUAGGUUUGAAGAUGGUGGCAACACAAAUGCGGUAGGGUUAAAAUUGAAGGCCGCCUCGCCUUCGGUUGACAACGAUGACUCACCUGCCAACAUCAAAGUCAAAAAGAAAGUAAAGCGACUUACCAGAAACGAGAAGAAGGCUCAAGCCGAGCGUCGGCGUCUACGUUACAUCGAGUGGCUCUCUUCUCCAAAGGGGACGCCCAAGCCGGUCGACACAGAUGACGAGGGGGAGGAAUGA